AACCAUAAACCUGCACUCAACCAUUCAGAAAACGUCCACCAGCGUUUCAUCCACAGCCUACUAUUGAAGAGAAAAAUGUUAAUCUUUAAACGUGGAGCAGGAGAUGAAAUACAAGAGCUGUCAUGUGAGGACUGUACUUUACUCUUACAGAGAAAACUACAGACUUCACUCAUUCUACGUCAUGGAGUUCAGUAUCAGUCCUGUGUCGGCUCUGAUUCUCCUCUGGGCUUGUCUGGGCGUCAAAUCUAAAACUGAAGCAGACGGUGAUUUGGACGACAGGAUCUCUCCAGUAAAGCGUCUUCUGGUCAGACCUGAAAACUCAGUUGACGUUCACCCCGGACAAGAGCUGACGCUUCGGUGCGGAGCUGAAGGAGACGGAGCGCUGGAGCGGUCUUGGCAGACACCUUUCGGUCCGUUUGACGGCUGUGAUCACCGAAACAAAGACCCGGUGGACGCGUGCAACGGCAGUUUGAGGAUUUCGAGGGCCACGUCCAGCCACGACGGGCUCUAUUACUGCGUGCGUCUGGACGAGACGAGCAAAACAGUGCUGCCUUACAGAGUGAAGGUGCUUGAGGAGGAGGGCACGGUGUCUGAAAGCCGUUUCGCGGCGGCUGUGGCAUCGUCGGUAAUCGUGAGCUUCGCAGUGGCCUUCACGCUCGGCGCGUGCACCGGGUCCUACGUGAUGAAGUGCCUGCGAUCGAUGAGGGCCCGCGUGCCUCACAGAAAAGACACUCGCAUCCCCGCACGCAAGGUGUUCUUCCUGAACGACCGUACCGGCGGAGAACACACGGCGGACAUCGGCGCGCUUGACGUUGUUAGCGAGGACGCUGCUGGACACGAAUCAAACGAGCCUCGGGCUCACGAAGGAGACCAGCCAACGCUCGGCCCGCAUACAAAGAAGAGGGUCCGCGUCAUUAAAGUCUACAACUACGACGAGGAAGGGAACCCGUACGGCCACAUCAGAGAGACCGGGACGGAGCGGGAAGACCGGGUCGGGCCCAGGAUGAGGACCAGGUCGCUGACCCGACUCGACGCCAUCAUGAAACGAGCCGAAGCUCUCGACGGCCCGGCGUUUCCACCGGACGCGGGACAAACGGACCGAGAGACACACUUAUGACAACUUGUCGAGUCCACUAGAAGAGUAUUAGUAGACUUCUUCUAACGCUUUAGUUUGAUGGGUCCACAACAUAACACAACUAUCACAAGUGUACUGAGUUAGUUGACAUGUAUUUGUAAAGGUACUUAUAAUUAGUAGGCUAUCAAAAUAAAACCACCAGCCUUAUCAAGUGUAUAAUAAAAUUCAGCUAUUUUAUUCACAUCAAAUUGAAUGUAAAUGCGUUUAUUGUAUAUGCAACAUCACUGUAACUGAGAUGCGUGUAUUUUUUGGGAUACAGCAUCAAAGGUUUUGGGUCGGUUUAUUUUAAAUUAAAUUAAUGUUUUUAUUUGGCAAGGAUGCGUCAUUUGUAAUGCUACAGGCUAUUUCCAUUUAAAAGAAAUGCUGCUUUUUUUGUUUGUUUCUUCAGAAAAAAUGCUGUUUCCUGUUCAUCUGCAAAAACCUGAUUGAAAAUUGAAAAUGAUUUUCCAGAAAAAAUGAAAUAAAAUAAAUUUGGGCAGCACAACCGUUUUCAAUGUUGAUAAUCAUGAGAAAUG